GUGCUAAAUCAGUGCAGGAAGCAACUGUUAUUACUGAUUGCUAUUGUUUGUGGACUGCUUCAUGAAACCUUCUGGAUGUCUCUUAACCGUUGGACUGGAACUUGAUGGGAGUGAUUCAUGACAACAAUUUACUAAAGAGUAAAUGUACCAUGGGGAAUUCAUAUGCAGGGCAACUGAAAUCUGCCCGUUUUGAAGAAGCCCUUCACAACUCAAUUGAGGCCUCUCUAAGAUGCAAUACAGUUGUUCCUAGGCCUAUUUUCUCCCAGCUCUAUCUUGACCCUGAUCAGCCACCUAUUUCGCCGGAAGAUGUGAAACCAAAAGUAGAAGAUUUAGACAAAGAACUGAUGCAUCGUUACACACAGAAUGGAAGCUUGGAUUUUUCCAGUAGCCAAACAAUGAAUGAAAUGGAUGAAGAUGAUGAUGAGGAAGAUAUGUCUGAUUCCAAUAGUCCACCAAUCCCAUACGCACAAAAACCUGCCCCAGAAGGGUCUUGCACUACUGAUGGUUUUUGUCAAGCAGGCAAAGAUUUGCGGUUAGUAUCGCUGUGUAUGGAACAGAUUGAUAUCCCAGCAGGCUUCCUGUUGGUGGGAGCCAAGUCUCCAAAUCUUCCUGAGCACAUUCUAGUCUGUGCUGUUGACAAGAGGUUUUUGCCAGAUGACCAUGGAAAAAAUGCACUUUUAGGCUUUUCUGGAAAUUGUGUAGGCUGUGGAGAAAGAGGAUUUCGAUAUUUCACUGAAUUUUCCAACCACAUUAACCUGAAACUCACCACUCAGCCAAAGAAGCAGAAGCACUUAAAGUACUACCUAGUAAGAAGCUCUCAAGGUGUGCUGACAAAGGGACCCCUUAUAUGCUGGAAAGAAUGUAGAAGCAGGCAAUCUUCUACUGCUAGCCAUUCUGCUAAACCUAGUUCUUCAGCUUCUCCAUCCAUGACCCCUGAGAGUGGAACAGCUAAUGGAUACAAGCCAGUGUUCACCCAGACAGACUCCUCGGUAUUCAGUCAAGCACAAUCUUCCUCUGCUGUUUAUUUAAGUGGAAUUCAAGAUUUGUCUCGGAAUAAGAACAUAGUGAAACCAAUGGCUUUGCCUGUGCAACUUGUAGGAAACACAUUUGCAACAGCUGCCCUGUCUCUCCGUGCCUCUGACGUUGCUAGUGGAAACAGUAGUGGAGGGAGGACUAAUCUGCUGAGCUCUACAGUUGCCCGCCCUAUCCCUCACUCAAUGUCUCCUGGGCCUAGCUGUGUAGCAGGAGAGCAAGCGUCUAUGUCCAGUUCUGGCCCACCAAAGAAGCGACACCGGGGAUGGUCUCCUGGAUCACCAGUCCCUCCUCCUGGUUUAGUUGUGCCUGUUCCUGCCAUCCGGCCUCUUCCAAGAGCAGAGCCUCUUUUGUCAGUCCCAGUUCCUCAAUCGAUGCUAACUGGAAUUUUACAGCCUCAGCCCAUCCCUGCAGGGGAGACUGUAAUCGUUCCUGAAAAUCUGUUGAAUAACUCAGGAAUCAGACCUGUGAUUCUGAUUGGUUAUGGCACUUUACCCUAUUUCUAUGGGAACGUUGGAGACAUUGUAGUAAGUCCAUUGCUGCUGAACUGCUACAAGAUUCCUCAGCUGGAAAGCAAGGAUUUGGAUAAUUUUGGACUGUCUGGAAGUCAGUUGCUAACUGUGGAGAACAUGGUUAUUUUAACAAUACAGUAUCUUGUCCGUCUAGUAAAUCCUGUCAUCUUCUGUACCUGAUGCUGGAUAUCAAGAUGUCUAUAACUCUGCCCUCAGUUACCAGCAUUUUCAGGAUACUGUCUCACCUUUGAGUUCGGGAUCUAGUUUUACCUUUACAAUCUAAUCUUCAGUGACAGAGACCCU